AUGUCGCCACUAAAGGGUCAUCAUUGUUGGCUCGUCGUUGAUGCUCUAUUUGUCGCUGCUGAUGCUCCAUUCGUCGCUGCCAAAGUUGCAUCGCCGCUAAUGCUCUCCGUCGCCACUAAAGGCGUCGCUGCUAUUAAUAUAGGAGUAAAAGAGCAAGAAAAUGUUGGCGACGCAGUUGGUGGCGGUGAGUGGUUUGGUGAAGUUACCUCUGCCUCUGAAAGAAGAAUGAUUGACCAAAAAAACACUCAAGCAGAUUCUCAAGCUUUCUUCUUCAACAUUGACAAGAAACAUGGGUACGAAAGUAAUCUAAUUAAGGAUCACGACCGGUUCUGGGGCCUGUGGGAAGCAAGACGAAAUCGGUUGUGUGAACCGGAUGCAAAAUCUUCACCUCUUGGAUUGAGUUAUGGCGAUACAUGUUUUGUCCUUGGGAUCUGUUCAUCAACAGUUGAAACUUGUUGUCGUUUACUUCUAGAAGAGGUAGAUGAUGCAUUAUACUACUACAACAAAUGCUUGGAGUCUGAGGAAAUCAUUUGUUUGGAUAGGAGAAUGACAAUUGAAGUUGUGGAUGGCCUACACAAGGCACAGAUAUAUGAGCAUGAUGUGGGAUCUUUAGAUAAGUCGAAACAGACAUCUGAUGACGGAAAAGAUAAUACUUGGUUAUGUGUUUUUCAGGCUGCUCAAGAUGCUGACUUGGCUGUCACAUCAAAUAUUAGUCCAGAAGGCGUGGAGAAAACUGGUGCUCCUACUGAUACCGCAUCACCUUUUAGUAUGCAGGUGGUUGUAGGUGGAGGUGGAGGUGUUUCACCUUUUAUGUCAAUGGCAGACAAUGCUGCUGCUGUUGCAGCUUCCCUUCGCAUGGUGACUGUUGUAAGAAAAAAACAAGGUGGGAACUCUGUGCCAACGGUUUUGCUAUGUGGAAGUACAGAUAGCAUACUUGAUGAUCUGGUAAGGGCUGUUGAUGAUGGUGUAAACACUUACAAGGAUACUAGAAUUGUGCCUGGAGCUGCAGCCACUGAAAUUGAAUUAGCAAGAAAACUGAAGGAGUUUUCUUUCUCAGAGACAGGAUUAGAUCAAUAUGUAAUUGGAAAAUUUACAGAGAGCUUUGAAAUGAUACCAAAAACAUUAGCUGAGAAUGUCAAAGUUGGUAUAGAUUUGGAGGAAGGAGCAUGUAAGGAUGUCUCCACAUUGAAGGAAAUCAUAUCAUUAUUUCUUGUGUUGUGCUUACAGGGUAGAUGA